AUGCAGCGCCCCAGCUCCGCACCUUACAGACCGCAUGACGCUGGGCGUGUUCCUUUGACCUCACCAGCGCCGCCAGCUGACCCGCCGCAGCACCUUCGCUCAGCGGCUCAACCCGCACCUGAUUUCCUCAUUGUCGGCCUAUUUGCUCUCCGUCUUGCCAAGCAGCUCAUUCAAGGACUCGACAGGUACCCAGGACGGGAAACUGAUCUCGCCUGGCUGGAGCAUUUUCUGAGCGCAUAUCAUGUAGAUUACGCACUAGCCAAGAUCUCGGGGCCGCGCAGAGACAAUUACGUUGUGACGUAUCGAAACAUCGUUUCUAGAAUGAAAAGGCAGCCACGGUAUCCUGUUCGCUUCAUGGAGAUGAACCCAGACUUAUCAGCCCAGUGGCAUCAGUCACGCAGAGAAGAAUAUGAAAGAGGCAUGAGCGAUGCGGAGAGGCUAGCUGUUAUCAACUUUUCCGAUGCCGCGGGAGAGUGGGGCUCCACUGUUUCGAUACCAGCGCGUGAGGCUGACAGGAUGAUCGAGUUGGCUGAUCAGCGGCGCGUUGCAGACCUCGACUCAAGACCGGAGUCGGGUGCAGGCCGAGAGCCCUCCUAUUAUGUAGCCUGA